CGGCGGGGCGCGGGGCGCUCCACCCCGCCUUCCGGGGACAACGGCGCGCGGCUCGGGGCUCGGCUGCAGCCACGCAGGCCCGGAGCGGCGCGGUUGUUUAUGGAGCUUCGGGCGGGGGCCGAGCCCGCGGUCGCGCCCCCCGCCCGCCGCCCGGGCCAUGCUGCCGCCCCGGUGCGCGGAGCCGCCGGGCCUCGGGGACUGAGCCGGGAGCCGCGGGAGGAGGAGGAGGCGCCGGCGCGCGAGCCGCGGCGGCCCCAGUACUAUGGCUGUGUACUGCUAUGUGCUCAAUAGCCUGGUGAUCAUGGACAGCGCCAACCAGGGGAAGCGCGGCGAGGCGCCCCCGCCGUCGGCCAGGCCCGCGCUGAGCCCGGGCAGCGUCUUCAGCCCCGGGAGGGGCGCCUCCUUCCUCUUCCCUCCCGCCGAGGCGUUGUCGCCGGAGGAGCCCCGGGGCCCCGGGGGCUGGCGCAGCAGCCGGCGCAGGUUGAACAGCAGCAGUGGCAGCGGCGGCGGCGGCGGCAGCAGCAGCAGCAGCAGCAGCAGCAGCAGCAGCGGUGGCGUGGGCAGCCCGAGCUGGGCCGGCCGCCUGCGAGGGGACCGGCCGCAGGUGGUGGCCGGCGGUACCCUCUCCCCGCCCGGGCCCGAGGAGGCCCAGAGGAAGCUGAGGAUCCUACAGCGCGAGCUGCAGAACGUGCAGGUGAACCAGAAAGUGGACAUGUUCGAGGCGCACAUCCAGGCGCAGAGCUGUGCCAUCCAAGCGCCCCGCAGCCCACGCUUGGGCCGGGCUCGCUCGCCCUCGCCCUCCCCGUGUCCCUUCCGCAGCAGCAGUCAGCCCCCUGGCAGGGGCCCAGCCCAGGGCACUCCCAGCGAGGAACGGAGGACAAAGUCCUGGGGGGAGCAAUGCCCAGAGACCCCAGACUCCGACCUGAGAAGACGAGGGCUCAGCUUGAGCCCCUCGAAGGACCACCACGAGGACGGAGUGGCACCUGACCCUGACCGGGCCUCCCGGAUGGACUCAGGGUUUCAGAGUCCAGGUGCUUCUGUGAGGAUGGAGAGAGGACCCUCUGUCAGUCCCCCCUGUGGCUCACCCUCAGUCAUGGAAAUUGACAAGAGGGUUGCUCCUUCUUUGGGAACUCAGAGUCUCCAGGCUCCUUCCUUGGAGCUGGUGGGGUCAAACUUAGUAACAGCCAGUAAAGGUGCAGCCACAGCCACAUCCCCUGGGACACACUGUCCACCCCAUCCUACCCUCAUUAAAUGCACCCGUGAGGAGCUUGAGGGCCUGCACCAACCCCAGGCCCAGGUGGAGAGGCUGGGGCUGUUUGUGGGCAGGGACACAAGCCCAACCCCAGAACUGGGUGGAACCCAGGGUGAAGAGCCCCCUGGGAGGGUGGAGAAAGGAAACCUGCCUGGUGGCCAGCCAGGCUCCAGGGCGCCAGAAGCAGGCAUAAGGCCAGAAGACAAGACUGUGACUACACAGAGCCCAGAGCCAUCCGAGGCCCCCAGCUGGUCCUGUCCCCCAGGAGACCUGGGCUCUGACCUGGGCUCUCCAAGUCCCCGAGAGGCGGGAAGUGGAGUCCCAGAGAUCAGUGAGACUCCGCAGCAUUGGGACAGAGUGGGGGAACAGUCUCCAAUGCUGGGCUUGCUUGGCGGGAGCAGCACAGCACAGACCGGGUCGGCAGAGGUGGAGGCAGGAAUUCCUUCUGGCAGAAUGCUGGAGCCUUUGCCCUGCUGGGAAGUAGCAAAAGAUCUGAAAGAGCCUCGGUGCCCUCCUGGGGACAGGAUGAGUGUGCAGCCUGCAACCUCCAGGGCUUGGCUGGUCCCCAUGGAGGAAGCUGGCCUAACCUGGACGUGUGGCACAGGGGUACAAUCGGAAGGGACUUGGAAAAGCCAGCCACAGGAUGGAGAUGCUCCUGAGCUCACGGGUUCGAACCAGAAUGACAAGAUUUCCCUGAGAGAGGUUUGCAGUCUCAGCAGCACACCUGCCAUCCCUGCUGUCAUCAUUACAGACAUGGGUGCCCAAGAGGACAAGGGCUUGGAGGAGCCGCAGGGAAGCCCCCGGAGCAACCUGCCUCUGAGGAAACUGUCGUCCUCUUCUGCCUCCUCCACUGGCUUCUCCUCUUCCUAUGAGGACUCAGAGGAGGACAUCUCUAGUGACCCCGAACGCACCCUGGACCCCAACUCAGCCUUCCUGCACACCCUGGACCAGCAGAAGCCCAGAGUGAGCAAAUCAUGGAGAAAGAUAAAGAACAUGGUGCACUGGUCCCCCUUUGUCAUGUCCUUCAAGAAGAAGUACCCCUGGAUCCAGCUGGCAGGACACGCAGGGAGCUUCAAGGCAGCUGCAAAUGGCCGGAUCCUGAAGAAGCACUGUGAGUCGGAGCAGCGCUGCCUGGAUCGGCUGAUGGCUGACGUGUUGAGGCCUUUCGUGCCUGCCUACCACGGCGAUGUGGUGAAGGACGGGGAGCGCUACAACCAGAUGGAGGACCUGCUGGCCGACUUCGACUCGCCCUGUGUGAUGGACUGCAAGAUGGGCAUCAGGACGUACCUGGAGGAGGAGCUCACCAAGGCCCGGAAGAAGCCCAGCCUGCGGAAGGACAUGUACCAGAAAAUGGUUGAAGUGGACCCCGAGGCCCCCACAGAGGAGGAGAAAGCCCAGCGGGCCGUGACCAAGCCACGGUACAUGCAGUGGAGGGAGACCAUCAGCUCCACAGCCACCCUUGGCUUCAGGAUCGAGGGCAUCAAGAAAGAAGAUGGUUCUGUGAACCGUGACUUCAAGAAGACCAAAACGAGGGAGCAAGUCACCGAGGCCUUCCGAGAAUUCACUAAAGGAAACCAUAACAUCCUGGUUGCCUACCGGGACCGGCUGAUAGCCAUUCGAGCCACCCUAGAAAUCUCCCCCUUCUUCAAGUGCCAUGAGGUUAUCGGCAGUUCUCUGCUCUUUAUCCAUGACAAGAAGGAACAGGCCAAGGUGUGGAUGAUCGACUUUGGGAAAACCACGCCCCUGCCCGAGGGACAGACCCUGCAGCAUGAUGUCCCCUGGCAGGAAGGGAACAGGGAGGACGGCUACCUCUCGGGACUGAACAAUCUCAUCGACAUCCUGACGGAAAUGUCACAGGGCGGCCCGCCCCCCUGAGGCCCCCACCUCACCUGCCCCCUCGCCCCUCUCCCCUUUGCUUCCCUUCUCCUUCUAACCCUCCCUUCACUUCCCCGGCCCGGCCCUGGAACUGACCCUGCUGAGCUGCACUACAAGACACUUUGUAGAGGAGGAGAGGAAAUUUUCGAGCUCUUCCCCUAAGGGCUUGGAGGUGGUGUUUCCUCUUCUCUCUGUAAAUAGAACCACCUUCUAGAAGAGAAGCUAAAACCAAGCCUGGACUCCCUGUGCGAGUCAGUUGUGCUUGCAGCUGGGUGGGAGAACCCCAGAAAGCAAGGCUCCCAUGGGCUCUUGGCAGGGGGCUGCUGCCCCCUGGUGGCAGGAGCCAUUAGCACAAGCGCUCAGCAGAGUCGUCUCCCACCCAGAAAACCCAGCGGCCAGGCCAGGUUCCUGCUUUGGGGUAGCUUGGGAACACAUGUGGCUUGUGAGCAAUGCACCCUCCUCUGAGCAGCUCUGGGCUUCCAGAGAUGCCGAGAUGGCCCUUCUAUGGUCCCCCUCCCCCACACCUUGGCUUUGGGCAGAUCAGGGUCCUGGAAUGGGCAGAAGCCAUCUUGGCUAUGCUCUGUGACCUAGGCCUUUCCAGAAGGAUGGCAGGCAGGAGCUGCGUCCUUCCAUCUGGAGUUGCUGCCCAUGAAUUCAGAGGGGUAAUUUCUGUAAAUCUGAACUUCCAGGGACACCACACUAACCUCUCAGAGCUGCCGGGUGACCUAGCUGUGCUCCCACACUCUGCCCCUGCCAUGUCACAGUCUAGGGCCAAGUGGAAGUGCUCGCUCAGGGCACCAACAGCCCCCCUGGGACCUGUAGCCUCUCUGGGUCCCCACUCUGCCCAAGGAGGGUACUUGUCUCAUGUCCUCAUGUCCCUGGUGCUAACUGUCAAUCCUGCCUGCGUACAUGGGGUCCCUAACUAUUUGGGGGUGGGAGAUGGGGGUGAGGCAGGGCUCAGGCCACUGCCAGGAAACAGGAUUCUGGUUUACUGGCUUUGCUUCUGAAUUUCCACGGAAAUCAUUUGUACGGCUGGAGGGCUUAGACCCAUGUGGUGUGGGCAGCUUCCAGGGUAGUGAUGGGUGUCCCUGGGGUCCCUGUGCACCUUGAAGACGUGGGGACCAUUCGUAAGCCUUAUUUUAACUGUAACACAAGUCUGCCUUGCUGAGAAGAACAUACAGUUGCCUGACUUUAAGAGCCAAACUCCCGGCUCUUGCCAUUUGGGGCUGUGCCCCAGGCCCCUUGGGGUUUGCCACCCCUUCCUUGGCUGUCAGAAGUUCGUUCAGGAAUGCAGCAGGGAGGAGCACUUGAUGGGUGCCCAGCUAGCAGGUGCAGCUCGGGGACCCCAAGGGAGAGCGUGUGGACCAAGAUGUGUAUCUGCCAGGACAGCUUCGGGGGGUGGAGGGCUGCCACCUGCUCUGGACCCUGGGGUCUCUGGAGGGGACUGUGUUCCUGCCAUGUGACACAGCAGUUUCCUCUUUCAUGC